ACGAAGAAUUACAUCUUAAAGGCGACAUCAUGAACCUAGCUCAGUUUGAAGGCUCCGAGGAGACAGACGCGGCUGUAUCGUUCACAUAACCGGCAAGAUGCCUCUGACUAAUGUGCUGAUAAGCCUUAAACACCGUCCAUUCUGCAUAUUUGUGCACUCAGACUGAGUCUGGAGCCUGAGGCACCUGCUGGUUGGGUGCUUCAGUGGUCAUCUCAGUGAUGGGCAAGUAUUUCUUCAACGAGACGGACAUCAGGAGUGCGUGGGAGCAUGUGCUUUCUGCCUUCUGGCAGAGGUACCCCAACCCUUACAGUACUCAUGUUUUGACCGAGGAUGUGGUUUUUCGGGAAGUGACUCCAGAUAACUGCCUCCUGUCCCGACGCCUCCUUACAAAGACCAAUCGGCUGCCUCGAUGGGCGGAGCGCAUCUUCCCAGGCAACCUGUCACGUUACGUUUACAUCGUAGAGGACUCAAUCGUCGACCCCAACAACAGACGCCUCACUACUCUAACCUGGAACUUAAACCACUCAAAAUUAAUGAUGGUGGUGGAGCGCUGUGUGUUUCAUGGUGAGCGUGAGAGGCCUGUGUGGACUCGUCUCACUAGAGAAGCUUGGAUCUCAUCAGGGGUCUUCGGGCUGUCCAGACCAAUACAGGAGUUUGGUUUGUCCAGGUUCAGAAGUAACCAAAUGAAGGCCAUGAAGGGUCUGGAGCAUGCACUUUCUAAAUUACACAUAUCAGCGGCUCAGAGUCAUCAUGGCGACACACCUAAAGACUCCUCAGAGAAGGCCAAGAACAUGACCUCUCCCUCCAGCUCCCAGAAGCCUCAGGAAUAUGUCUGACAAACACAACCUUCAUCUCCCACCAGCCCCCUAACUGAGAGCCUUCAUAUGGCAGGUCAGGUUUGGAGACACAGGCUGUUAGAAAAGUCAUAUGCAAAGGUUUUGUCAAAUUAGAUGCUUCUAAGUGAAAAUAAGUAACACACCUUAUACGCAUUUUUGUGCACAAUGUAAUGCACAGGUUUUAUUUAUUUGAUUAAUUAAACUUAUUGGGAAAUAAAUAAAACAUACAGUCAACUCCAGAAUUAUUAGCACCCUUCAUGAAAAUGAGUUUUUAUACAUACACACUCCCACACAUGCAGUAAGGGAUAUUUGGGUUUUUUACACUGUGUAGAUUUUUUUUCCUCUAAUUUUCCUAAGAAGCAUAAUUUGAGAACAUAGUUUCUAAAAAUACUGGCACUCCCAUUUUUAACAUUUGGUGAAGAGAAUGGAGAGAGAACAACAGUAUUCUGUAAUGCUUCGCAAGGUUUGAGAACACUAGUUGAGGGGUCUUGGACCGCUCCUCCAUGUAUUUCUUGAUAUCUUGGGUCUUCAUUGUGUGUCACAAUAACAUUUAUCAUGAUAACGAUAAAAUAAUGUCAUAUUGCCCAUCUCUACUUGCAACCAUUUCUGUGUGGUUUUUGAUGUGUGUUUGGGAUUAUUCUCUUGCUUAGAAUGUCCACCCACAGCCAGGCUUCAACAUUCUUGCAGAUUUUGGACUAAAAUCUCCUGGUAUUUAGACUUCAUUACACUUCAUUACACACCACAAGAUUUCCACACUUCUAAAACAGUUAUGUUAAAAACAAGACAUUCUGUCCUUAACUAGACAGAUAGAUGAGUUCACUUAAGGGCAAGACAUUCUGUGUUAGUUUUAACACAGUGUUGAAAUAUUAAUGUGGCGGUUUAACACAUCUUACUUUUAACAAAGAUUGUGUCAGAUUCAAGACUGAGCUAAACUGUGCAGUUCUGAAACUGUGAUCUUUGAGUUCCUUGUUGCUUCUCGCAUGGGGAGUGGUGUCUGGGUGGGGUGUUCUAAAUGCCAACUUCAACCGACCACUAAUUUUUUACAAUUUCCUCCUGAUCUGUGUGGGUCGACAUCCGUCUGUUUCUUUUGAGUUGGCGUCUCUUUGGUUUUAUUCAUGUAGAUGAAUGACAGAGGGAUGUUACAUGUGUGUAACUUGUUUGCACUCCAGGGAAACAAGAAAUGGUCAUAGACUACAACUGAGUUCUAGGAGGAACAUUUAUUAUUUUUUAUUGUUGUUUUUUUGUUUUUGCCCAGUUUAUUGAAGGGAGCCAGUAAGUCUUGAGUUGACUGUAAAUAUAAAAUGUUCCAUAACCUGCACAGGCCAUAGUGUGUUUAUUUUUCAAUAUGUUAAAUUCAGCAAAUAAACAGUAAUUGUGCAUUGCAAUGUUCAGAAGUUCUUGCUCUGUAGAGGAACUUCAAAUCAACAAAAUGUUUUAUUUGCCCAGGAUUGUCCAAACUUUUGCAUAUGACUGUGUAUGAUUGUCAGGCUAGACAUACUGUUUGAGUGAAAAACUUAAGGUAAGUUAUUAGGAUAUUAAAAGUCUUGUUUAUAUAGGGAAACUGUUUAUAAGUAAGAUACAUGGUGUUCAGUGGCUGAUAUAAGAUCCACAACUUAGUAACGGUUGAUGAAAGCCCUUGUAGAUGUACCACAGAGCUUUGGCAAUCCUUGCUGGGGCUUUUAAAGUGCUACUGUGACUGUUAUUUCUCUCAGAUACAUCACUGCUUUAGCCUGCCUGCAUGUACCCUAAAGGGUGAAGACAUAUGGUUUAAUGAAGUUCUUUUUUUUGAGCCCAACUUUGCUAAAUAUUCUCAAACAGCAUGUUCAUCAAUCAGAAAAUAAUCAAUAAAUGAUUGGAAAUGAGCUCUAUGGAGUUGCCAGGUUAUUAGGUCCACCUUCCUACACUCAUUGAAACUCCUAUCAUACAGAUUCAUGCUGUAGGUUUACAGUUACAGACUGGAGCUUGUCUGCACAAUUGAUCACCCCUUCUGUUCCAGUGUCACUGCUGUGCUGAGAAUGGACCACCACCCAAACAAUAUCUGGUCAGUGGUGGUCCUAUGGUGGUCUCUUUCCCUUGAUGGAUGAGGUAGAGGAGGGCUAAUGAACUGUGCAGCAACAAAUGGGCUAAUUCUUGUAACUGGACACCUACAAAGUGCACCUAUAUUAUAGGAGUUUCUGUUGAAGUAGCUACGAGGCAGAUGAAGCUAAUAAACUGGGAACUCGGUGUAUUUAGCUGUCUUGAAAGCUGUGAAGCUGAACUGUAUUCUGCAUAUGAAUCCUCAGGGACUGAAUGACUUUAGUUUACUUGAAAUGUAACCUGACUCGCAUUACUCAAGUGAGCGUAACACAUCUAAUAUAAGAAAUGAACUAAUUUAUUCAUUCUUUUUAGGUUAUAGAUCUCAAUUUUAUAGCUUCACAAGCAAUAGAUGUUAAUUUUUGCAUCUGGAACACAUUUUCAUUGAGAUGAAAAGUAUGUCCUUUUGAGAAAUAUAGUAAAGAGUUUGGUAAAAAAAUGUGAAUUGUUAUAUUUAUUCUUUGUUUCACAAUGAAGGCUAAUAAAUGGUUGAUACCACCUUUUAACAUGA